AUGGAAGAAGAACAAGCUGUGUGGAACGAGCUCGACCUGUCCUGCCUCCCAGACUAUGACUCCUCCUCCAUCACCACACCCUUCCCAGCUACUAAUACUCUCCAAGAUUUCCACUCCAGUACUAUUCUUUCUUCCCAUUUCAACACUAUUAACUCACCAACGACAGAAGAUUCACCGUCGUUUAGCCAUGCCAUUUCUCUUCGUCCUCCUCCUAAUAAACAACCCCUCAGCUUGAAUCCUGAGCCUAAUUAUUUAAGCUUCCCUUUCGUCGAAACCCGAGCUCAACCUCCGCUUCUGUCAAACCCAGUCCAGCACAGUGGUUCGAGUACUUCUUUGACUACUGCUACUACUACUACUGUUGUUGCGAAAAAACAAAGGGUCCAGAAAAAAAGUGUGAUUAUUACCCCUGAAAAACGGUAUAUGCAGAUGAUUAGAAAUAGAGGCUACGCUCUUCGGGCCAGAGCCAGAAAAAAGGCAACCAAUAACCCCUUCUUCAUUUCACCUUAUCAUUAUUUUGAAGUACUAAAAGCUUUAGGUUAA